UUGCUAGGUAGACUCGCGGCGCGUAGAACCGAAUCACGCCAGUAUCUGGACCCAGUGUCGUGGACACUUUCGAAUCACGCUGGCCAAAAGUGGAAAGACGCUCAUUAUGGACGCUCAUUAACCCAUACUCUAUCAUAGUCGGUGCGACAACGAGCCACGCGCAUUGCAACAACAGUAGCGUCUAGAGAAGACGGGUGAUCAAUCCCGAAUUGGAUUAAGAUUUGCCUUCUUUCGGCAAAUCUCUUAAAGUCCGCAAAGUCAACGCGGAACGAGAUUCGGCCAACGAACAGAAGCUGUCGUUUAUCUGAAAAAUUCAUAAAAAGCAAUCCUGGGUCGGGUCGGGUUAUCGUUUAUCGGCGGUGACAUUGGCACGGCGAUUGAUCAGCACGCGAUGCCAAUUAAGUGACUUCGCGGCCUCCUUCCUGCCGAGACACCUGCCGUGCUCACUACAGGAGAGAAGGUUCUAUCACGAAGGGGUGAAUCAUAACGAUAGAUCGAAAUGGCGUUCGCGUGGCAUCUAAUAUCAAUCUUUUUCUUAAUGGUUACCUGGGGUGAACCUUGUACGGAGUACGGAUGUCCAGGUCGGCCGCAGUACGAACCCUUCGUACCCGCGCCUCCAGGACUCACCCCCCAAUGCGCGCCACCGGGGCAGACCUUCUGCGAAACCCCAGAUCAUUAUCCUCGACAACUCAUCAAGUUUCUCGUCGACAAAUGCAGCUUCGACUUUAACACCGCGCUGCAAGAUGAAUCCCGCAAUGAUUUUAACGCUUACAGUUCUCCACCGGAUUAUAAUCAAGGCUAUGAUUAUCCACGACAAGACGAUAGUCAAUUAUACUCGCAGUCUCCUCUUGGAGGAGAGCCAGCUCCAGUGUAUGGACCUCCAUCCAAUAAUAGUCGUUAUCAUGGUUACAAAUAUUCUGCAUCGCCAUACUUGCAAAGAAAUCCUUUUCUUCCGGAAGUAACGUUGAAGUAUCAUCACGACAUCCAACGACAAAUCGAGCGUGCCCAUUCGCAAGAAUCUAUAAACGUAUUUGAGUCAAACCAAUCGUGGCUGACGAAUAGGUACGAAAUAUCACACGGAGAAGUUAAAAAUGAUGACUUCUCCUUGCAUACGCCUACUAUAUAUAUACAGUAUUCGCGAGGUGACAAGAUAGCACCGCGAAGUUACAGCGUAAACCCGUUAUUGGGAUACGCAAAACUUAAGGGCGACCGAGUAAAAAGGCAGUCGGAUUCGGAAAUCAUCUCUCUGUGUCCCACACGAGCCCAAUAUAUCGCUCCUCGAGCCGCUUUGAACAAAGAGGGUAAUUGGAUGUAUGUUGUUAACAUUCCUGGACAAAACAAGUAUUCGCAGCUCGUCAGAAGUGAGAAAUGUUUGAAUGACGUGUGCGACGGUAUAUGCUCCAUUCCGGAGGGGUACAAGAGUAGAUGCCAGCAACAAUUCGUGCAAAAGAGACUAGUCGCACUCGAGGGAAGCGGAAAUCGACUUUACACCGAUUUAUUCUGGUUUCCACACGGUUGCUCGUGCCAGAUCAUACCGAAUUUCUAAGGAUACUGCGACUACGGCGUCGUGCUAUAGCGUGAAAGGGUUAAUUUCAGGGGGUAAACGCUAUUAAAUGCGGUCGUGUACGUUAGUCUCUUCACGAUUGUAAUUUUGCGACAUAGAGCGCGCCUGGCAACAGCAUUGAAAGUGGAUACCGAUAAUGUAGUGUUCUAUGAACGGUGUGUACCCGAGUAAAAGUGUGUAUCGCGACACGUAUUACCAGCGGUGUAAGACAGAGGCGGAUACACGUUGUCAGUUUAUCGUUAAUUGCAAUUGUUAAUUGCGAAUCACGAACAGCAUAAUUCUGUUAAAUGCGUCAAUGAACGCACUCAACGUGUUUCUCUGCGAUUGAUAGAUGGAAAAUCUUUCAGCGAGAGAUGUCGCUAUACCGAUAUCAUUACUCGCAUCGUACAUUUAAAUACUUAUAUAUACGAAUCUUUUAUAUACUUUAUUGAUUAUAGCAAAAUCAUCUCGAAUAUUUUUUAUUUAUGUUUUAGCAUCCUCGAUCACUGAUUCAUUAAGCAUUCUACAGAGAUAGAUCGCGAAAUUGCGCGCUAUUAUCACAGAUUAUUAAUUCUACGUAUAGUUUUUAAUUAAUGUUAUUUUUUUUGUUUCAACAAUAUGUGAGAAUUUUAUUUAGGGGAUGUUUCAAAACAAAUAGUUGUAUGUUAAGAUUAUUUAUACAAUAUAAGUACUUCAAUGAGAAAAGGACGGCGGAAGAAAAUCUCGUAAUUAUAUAAUAUAACAGCAAAUCUUUUCUACGUGAUAUUAAUAUGCGAAUGAAUAACGAAGACAAUUCAUU